UGCUCAAAACUAGAAUGAUGAAACAGUUAUCUGCAGCCACAGUUCGCCUCCUCUCAAGUUCUCAGAUCAUCACUUCGGUGGUUAGUGUUGUAAAAGAGCUCAUUGAAAACUCCUUGGAUGCUGGUGCAACAAGCAUAGAUGUUAAACUGGAGAACUAUGGAUUUGAUAAAAUCGAGGUGCGAGACAAUGGUGAAGGUAUUAAGGCUGUUGAUGCACCUGUAAUGGCCGUAAAGUACUAUACCUCAAAAAUAAAUAGUCAUGAAGAUCUUGAAAAUUUGACAACUUACGGUUUUCGUGGAGAAGCCUUGGGAUCAAUUUGUUGUGUAGCUGAGGUUUUCAUUACAACAAGGACAGCUGCUGAUAAUUUUAGCACCCAGUAUGUUUUAGAUGGCAGUGGCCACAUAAUUUCUCAAAAACCUUCACAUCUUGGACAGGGUACAACUGUAACUGCUUUAAGAUUGUUUAAGAGCCUGCCUGUAAGAAAACAAUUUUACUCAACUGCUAAAAAAUGUAAAGAUGAACUAAAAAGGGUUCAAGAUCUCCUUGUGAACUAUGGUAUUCUUAAACCUGACUUAAGGAUUGUUUUGAUGCAUAACAAGAUAUAUCUAAGCGGUUUUCUUCCAAAGCAUGAUGCAGACCACUCUCUCACGAGCCUUUCAACUCCAGAAAGGAGUUUCAUCUUUAUCAACAACCGGCCAGUACAUCAAAAAGACAUAUUAAAGUUGAUCCGACAUUAUUACAGUCUGAAGUGCUUAAAGGAAUCCACUCGUUUGUAUCCCAUAUUCUUUCUAAAAAUUGAUGUGCCAACAACUGAUGUGGAUGUAAAUUUAACACCAGAUAAAAGUCAAGUAUUACUACAGAACAAGGAAUCUGUUUUGAUUGCUCUUGAAAAUCUGAUGACCGCUUCUUAUGGACCACUACCUCGUACAGAUACUUGUGAAAAUAAUAAAACAGAUGUUUCAUCAGCUGGUGGAGUUAUUAAUAGAACAGCACAAACAGAUGCACUUCUUAAUAAAACAGAAUCAUCUGGAAAUAAUUACCUAAAUGUUGAUACUUCAUCCAUUUCCCUCCAAAAUGAUGUACAGAAUGAUGACUCUGGGAAAAACUCUAAUAAUUGUUUAAAUCACCAGUUAUGUAUCGGUGAUUCUCAUGAUGGUAAUUUUAGCUGUGAAAAUUCUAACAUUGAUAAGGACACUAGAAAUGUAUCUCCAGAAAUACCACUGGAUAGUUUAUCACAUGAAGAUGCCAAUAGUGAAUAUCAUGAAACUUCUUUUUCAGGUACUAUUAAGUGCAUGCAAUUGGAAAAUGUCAAUAAAGGCCAUGUAAAUGAGACUGGGAACAAUGAGACAGGAGCAUUUCCUGAGUCAUCGUUGGAAAUUUGUGCGGAUGACUGGAGCAAGGGAAAUGUACUUAAAAAUGCAGUGGGAAAGAACAUUGAACCUGUGAAAAUUUUAGUGCCACAAGAAAGCUUAUCACGUAGUAGUACUCCAAGCCCCGAACCAAAGACUCUCUGUGAAGGUCCCUGUGACAAAAAGUCAAACGUGAUCGAUAACAAAUCUGGACAGCUAACAGCUUAUGAUAUAAUUAGCAAUCGAGUAAUCAAGAAACCCAUGUCAGCAAGUGCCCUUUUUAUUCAAGAUCAUCGUUCUCAGUUUCUCACAGAAAAUUCCAAGGCCAGUUUGAAGGAUGCAACAGUGCAAAUUGAAAAACUGUGGGAGACACUGAGUGAAGAGGAAAAACUGAAAUAUGAAGAUAAAGCUGCUAAAGACUUGGAGCGAUACAAUAGGCAAAUGAAGAAAGCUACCGAACAAGAGUCACAAAUAUCAUUAAAAGACGGUGGAAAAAAGACAAAAGCCACCAGUGCAUGGAAUCUGGCCCAGAAGCACAAGUUGAAAACUUUAGUAUCAAAUCAGCCAAAACUUGAUGAGCUCUUUCAGUCCCCAGCUAUUAAAAAAAAGACCCAAAGUACUAAGAUAGUACAGAUCCCCUUUUCUAUGAAAAACUUGAAAAUAAAUUUUGAGAAGCAUAAGAAAUUUGGCUUAGAAGAGAAAGAUGAGCUUUGUUUGAUCCACAAUCUAAAGUUGCCUGAUGCCUGGCUAAUCGCAUCCAAAAACGAAGUAAAGUUACUAAAUCCAUAUAGAAUGGAAGAAGCCCUACUGUUUAAAAAACUUCUUGAGAAUCAUAAACUUCCUGCAGAGCCAUUAGAAAGGCCUAUUAUGCUGACAGAGAGUCUUUUUGAUGGAUCUCAUUAUUUAGAGGUCUUAUAUAAAAUGACAACAGAUGACCAAGGACACAGUGGACCAGCAUACCUGUCCGAUCCUCGUCUCACAGCAAAUGGUUUCAAGAUAAAAUUGACAUCAGGAGUUUCCAUUGCUGAAAACUACUUAGAAAUAGAAGGAAUGGCUAAAUGUCUCCCAUUCUAUGGCAUAAUGGAUUUAAAAGAAAUCCUCAAUGCUAUCUUAAACAAAAAUGCAAAGGAAGUUUAUGAAUGCAGACCUCGAAAAGUGAUAAGUUAUUUAGAGGGAGAAGCAGUACGUCUAUCUAGACAGCUACCCAUGUACUUAUCCACAGAGGACAUCCGAGACAUUGUCCACAGAAUAAAGUAUCAGUUUGGAAAUGAAGUUAAAGGGUGUGUUCAUGGUCGCCCAUUUUUUCAUCAUCUAACCCAUCUUCCAGAAACUGCAUGA